AUGGAUAUGGAAGAAGCCCAGACCCAGGUGCAGAAGAACAAGCCGAAGGCUGUCAAGCCCUGUCCUCAACCUGUUGGUAAGAAAAAGGGUCAGGGUGUUGUGAGCAAGGAAGGUGGACCUGAUAUAGACAGUGGUAACACUGGUGCUGCUGGAAUUAGCAGCAAAGUGGCAGUCCUUGGAGAGGAUUCUGAUUCAUUUGCAAGUGCCCAGCCUCCACCUUCCACCAUUUUAUUGAGGUCUCAAAAAUCUGCGUCAAGUGCUGCCACUUCUUUAAAUUCUCACCUGAAUCAGCCACCUACUAAACUUCCAGCUGUUUGUGAGGAUGACUCAGCCCUGGUUGGAGCAUUUAGAGAUGAGGACCUUGAUGACUCACAUGAGCAUGAGGUUGUGCUAGCUACAAAAGGGAAAGUACCCAUGAAGUCCAUUGUUGCACUUACAGAGGAAAUGGAUCCUGACCUGGUGCCACUACCUCUAGCUCAAAGGCAAGACAGAGCCACCUCUGGGACCAAGAGGAAGACUCUCCAUGAUGAUGUCCUUGAAUUCUCUGAUUGUAGCAAUGACUUGAUGUCACCAGUCGAUGAUAUUGAACCACUGGACAGUGACGAGGACUCAGAGAUUAUGGAUGUUGAUGAAUUCGAGGCAAUGGUCAUGAAGCAGCCAGUCAAAGCCAAAGUGAAGACAUCAGUCGCUACCACAUCUAGCAAGGCCCCCCCUUCGAAGAAAGUAAAAGCUGAGAAGGAGCAUACAGCAACCAUGGUGCUAAAGAGUGACAGCAGCUGGGUGGAAUCUGUGUUGAAGGCAUGCUCAACAUAUCUGAACACUGACCUUCCUCCUGGUUGCCAAGAAGACACCAAGUGGGGUCACAUUUUUUUCAUAACACUGGGUGUGCAAGAAGAGCCCUGGAUGAUCCCUGACAAGAACCUUCUUCAUGCAUGCCAUGACAUAUUCAAGGUUGUCUAUCCAGACAUCAAGUACCAGGUUGUGACGUCUGGUUCAGUUUUCAGUGUUGUCACCCAAUGUGUCAGUGAAUGGUGCAGCAAUUUCAGAUCUACUGUGUUUGCCAUUGUCAUUGCUUUUUGCACCUUAAAUAGAGACACCUCAGCAAAGGAGCUCUCAACCCUCUUCCUUCAACAAUAUGCAUUCCUGUACCCAAAUCCUGAUGAAAUCAAUAAAGAUAAAACCUUCUGUUCCACCUUCAUUCUGGAGCUUCUCACUACUGCCCAUCUCUAUUGCACUCUUGGGCAUGCUGAUGUUCCUGCUCUCGAUACUGAUAAUCUAGCUCAGGGUGGCUUUGUUGGAGCUCUUGGAUUAUGUGCUGUCUUGCUUGAACAUGCAUUUGCUCUGCUCAGUGACAAUGCUGUCAGCAUUGAAAAUUUUGAGGGUGUGGACAUGCCAACCACAGCACAGAAGACUUGUUUCAAGACCCAAAAGACACUCAACAAGGCUACUGGCAAGGAGAUGGGAACUGAGCAUGCAUUCUCAGUUGUUACAGUGGCUCAAAAAACUGUCCACAUGUUUUGA